AUGGGAAAGAGGAAAUCAAGUACCAAUGCUCAAGAUGGAUUACAAAGAAGUUAUUCGGAAUCCAAAGUUUGGGACUUUUUAGACGCAACCGUGGAUCGACAUUUUAAAGAACAACGGCCAUCAAUGGAUGCUAAAGUUACUAAACAAUUGCACAAAAGAAAGAAAGAAAAUGGAGGAUUUUCUCGCAGAAAUGACAAUCCAGAAACCAAAUAUAUCUCCGGACCAGAUUUACAAAAGGCAGCACAGGUCUCACAGUACCCUAAAUCAUCAAAUGGACCAAAUAGAUCCCACAGCCUGACUACUGGAAUGGAUUCUGGCAGUUCUACUAUGAGUGUUACUUAUCGAGAGCAACGUUCGUAUGUCGCCGAAACCAAUAAUACGGGAGAUGAAAAUGGUAUACUCUCAGUAGAAUACCAUAGCGAGGCUACGGAUGUAGACGAAUCUGAGGAUGAAAACACUCAAAUGAAAAGCAUCCAUGAGCUUCGGUUCGCAGGUGAAAAACAAAGAAAUAUGGAUGAAAUAGAAUACCUGAUAGAUGGGAUAUCUUCGAAAACCAACUCUGCAAACUCAAGAUACAAUAGUUUUUUGGAAAUAUGUGAAAAAAUAUACGAACGUAUGUUCCGAAUUUGUUUGAAAUCGUCGCAGGAUUUCCAGCAGCGCAUUUUUUCGGAAGUUUUACCAGAAGACAAGCUACAGAUAAUUUUACAGACAUAUAUCUUUUCCUCCAUGGCAGACGAAAAUGACUUUUCCCAGUCUCUCUUGGAAAACUGCUCUGACGGCAUUUACGAACUAUUCUAUUCAGCCAUAACUGAACGCGAUCAACGACCAAUACAAUCUUUAAUUGGAGCUUACUCCAAAACCAUUCAAUCAUCAUUUUGGGAACUAUUCAACCAUCCAUCUCCACUGACAAAAGAAUACAGUAAUGAGACUUUAUUGUCCUAUAAUUUACUAUCAUUGGCCGGUAUUGCAUUGAUGAAAGCUUAUGAUGGUCCUUUAGGCAGUCAUGAUCUCUUUUUCAAAUUAAUGAAGCUAGAAGUGGAACAUGCCGUACCGUUUCUCUUGAAAAAUGGAGCCCAGCAAACGUUUCUUCUAUUUUCUCUCACGAGUACUCUUGAUAAAGUGGAGACUUGUACCUGGGACGAUGAUGUUUUAAAUAAAAUUUAUGAUCUGUUGUCCUUUCUUCUAAAAUCUAUACUCAAGGACAAUGAGAAAUUGAAAAGUAUGGAAUCAGGUGAUUCAAUUUGUUUUCUAAUGAUUGCUUCCUGCGAAAAACUGCUUCGGACCUUGAUCCGUUCUGUCAAUUCAGACAGUCCUUCAGUUUCCACAUUUUGUAAUUCUGGGCUUCCAAAACAACUCUUUGAGGUAUUGAAUAACCAAGCAUUCGUUAAGAACAAGUCCAAUGUGGAACUUCUUAUGAUGAGUUUAGGCCUUCUGCUAGAAAUCAGUGAAGAAUCUGAAGCGUUUGUCAGGAGUCUUCCAAAUAUCCAAGUGAGUACAUCUCAAACUAUGUUAGACGUCUUGCUUCAGUUUUAUAAAGAUCAGAAAUCAAAAGUUGAAUUAAGUGGUUAUGCUGCUAUGCUUUUAAUUCAUUGUAUCGUUGCUGAUUCACGGGCAUUCGAACAAAUCUUACCCAUGGCACCUCAGCUAAAAACGACUCUUAUUGAAUUUAAGAGGUUCCAUAUAAGUUUGAAAGAAGAAUUAAUGUUAUUUGGUACACAAGGUCUUGCUAUAGUUUCUAUAGUUGAUGAUACGUUAGACUCCCUCGAGAAGACCUUAACGUAA